CCAUUGCCUCGUCGUCUUCGUUCCUUGUUCUUCACGUUUUCUUGGAGAACAAGGUCCAUCGCUUUUUUUUUUUCCUUUUUUGGGGGGCGAUCGUUUUUUCCAAGCUUGUUGAUUCAGCCAUGACUGCUUCAAGAUGGAUCAGGCCUGAGGUGUAUCCACUUUUCGCCUCUGUUGGUGUAGCUGUUGGCAUCUGCGGAAUGCAGCUUGUUAGGAACAUCUGCUCUAAUCCUGAAGUCAGGGUGACGAAGGAGAACCGAGCUGCAGGGAUACUGGAAAAUUUCGAGGAAGGAGAGAAAUACAAAGAGCACAGGCUCAGGAAGUUUGUCCGAAGCAAAUCUCCAGAGAUCAUGCCUUCCAUCAACAGUUUCUUCUCCGAUCCUCAGUGAAGAACACCGAAGGAAAACGGGUCUUGAAGAGAGAUAGAUCUUUGCUUUCCGCAUUUUAUUGAAUAGAAUUGAUUCUCCUCCAAUGAAGGAUGCUUCUCAUAUUUGUCAUUUCUGAUUUUGUACUAUUUCUUCGAGGCGGUUUGGCUUGCUUCUUCUAUAUAAUGACUUUGCCAAGAUCCAAUUCUGGAUGCAAUAAUGUAAUUGUUUGGACAAAGAAAUGACAAACAAUUCUGAUA